AUGAUGUCGAAGGGGACGGGGGGGUCGAGGCCCUCCAGCAGCAGCAGCAGCAGCAGCAGGAGUAGCAGCAGCAGCAGCAGCUACAGGCCUUCUUCGUCUAUGGGGUUUAUCGAUGUCGCAUUCGCCGGCUCUGCUGCUCCAUCUGCAGCAGCAGCCGCAGCAGCAGCAGCCUCAGCAGCAGGAGCUGCGGGAGGCAGCAGCAGCGACGCAGACAGCCUCGAGCUGCAGCAGCUGCAGCAAGAAACAGCAGCAGAUAUCCCCUCUCUCUCUUUGCAGCACUUUACUCACGCUUCUCUGCACAGCGAAGACGAACAGCCAAGCAGCAGCAGAAGCAGCUGCAGGGAGAGCAGCAGGCGCAGGAGCGCCAGCACCGACUGCAGCAGCAACAGCAGCAGCAGCAGCAGCAAGAAGGCAGGAUUGAGAUUUGCUGUAGACGGACUGAUCUCAAAGCGCAGCGGGAAGUGUACAGACGGCUGUGGUGAUGAAGCUGGCUGCAGCAGCAGCUGCUGCUUCUUCUCUCCUGCUGCUAGACCCACUUCUUGCUGCUCUCUGCUGCUGUCUCUCUUUCGACUGCGCAGCAGCAGCAGCAGCAGCGGAAUGAGAAGGCCUUCUCCCUGGCUGCUGGUGUGGGGUCGCGGUUUGCUGCUGCUGCUGGCAGCUGUAGCAGUUGCUGCUCUCUCCCAGCUCGCCUUAGGCCCCCUAUACAGACGGCAGCAGGAGCAGCAGCAGGAGCAGCAGCAGCAGCAGCAGCAGCAGGUGCUGCUGGUAAACGGAACUCAGUGGACGCCUUAUCAGCUGGGGAGCGACGUGAUGCUGCUGCUGCUGGUGCUGCUGAGCUGCUGGAGGUGGAAGCAGCUGCAGCAGGAGCUGCGUGCUGCAGUGUUGCUGCGCUUUGCUUCUUGUUUGUUGUUUGGUUUGGUGCUGCGCUUGCUGCUGUCUCUCUCCUUGAGCGAGGUGUACAUGCACCGGGGCGCAGCCGUGCUGCUGCAGCACCCCAGCACAAGCAGCAGCAGCGUUGAGAGUUUGCUGCUGGCUUUGAGGUUUGUGUUUGGCUGCUGCCUACCCUCAAACGUAGAUGCUGCUCCUUCCUUCAGCUGUAUGUUAGUUGUUCAGUUGUUUAUUUUCGGGUGUACGUACAGCUCUUGCUGGGGGCCUCCGCUGCAGCUGCUGCAGCUGCUGCAGCUGCUGCUGAUUACUGCUGCGUCUGCUGCCAGCUGCUUCUGCAGCGUGUGGGGAGGGAUCCGCUCCUCAUUUGAGUGGCUGCUGGCCUUUGCUGUUGCUGCUUGCUGCUGCUGCUGCUAUCAUUUGCUGCUAUAUGCAGCAACAAACUCUCUGUUCACCAGGCUGAGAGCGCAGCUGCAGACGAAGGAGUAUGCACAGCAACAGCAGCUGUUGCAGCAGCUGCAGCAGCAGCAGCAGGACCAUCACGUGGUCGUGCUGCAGCACAUUCCACAGCAGCAGCACAAGAAAAAGAAGAAGCAUACAUCAGCAGCAAAAGAAGCAGCAGCCAUGACACCAACAGCAACAACAGCAACGACAGCAGCAGCAGCUUCUUCUGCUGCUGCUGCUGCUGCUGCUGGUUUCUGGUUUAGUUUGUUGCGGGGUCUCUACAGGCUUGUGCUGCACUUGGAGGCAGCAAAGGAGAGGGUUUUAUAUUGUUUGCUGCCGCCUCAAGCCAGCAUGCUGCAGCGCAGCUGCAGCGCGACGCCGCUGCGGCAGCAGCAGCAGCAGCUGCAGCACAAGCUGCACCGUCUUCAAUCCGAUGAGGGUCUUCCAGUUGCUAAGCGCCUCCCCUUCGCCUCUGCAGCAGCAGCAGCAGCAGCAGCAGGAGAGGAGGAGCAGCAGAUGCUAGAGGACCAGCAGCUGCUGCAAGCAAUAUCUCGGUGCUGUUUUGUACAGGGUGCAGCAGCAGCAGCAGCAGGUGUGAGGUUUCAAAGGGGCUUGGGGUGUAUGUACACCUGCAGCGACGAAGAAGAAGCUGCAGCGGCGCCGAACGCAGCAGCAACAGCGCUGUAG